AUGUCCAUCAUCUUGCCAGCCAAAUUUCUACGUAACGCCCCCAAGGAUGCUCCGGCUGUACGCAUCGGCUUGGUGGGCGCCGGCGUAGGCUACGGCCUCUUCGCCGCUCGCGACUUUACUAAGGACGAAUUCAUUUUCCACGAGGCGCCUCUCAUGACGGCCCUCUUCAACGAGAAGUUCUCGGCCGACGCCUCCCUGAUGCACAGCCAACACCAGGCUUACAAGGCCGCCCUAGCCGACGGCGGCCAAGACAUCGUCACGCUCGCCUUCCCCAUGCUCGCCGCCCGCAACGGUAUUCCGCCUGCCUCCUGGGAAGACGCUGAGCCCAUCUUCUCUGCCGAGUCUACCGAGCCCGACAUGACCAGUUCAAGGAAAAAAUUCUUCGGUAGGAACCUCGUGCACGGCCGGUUUGCCGGCUCGAUCAUCACGCGGGAAGAGUACGAGACGUACGUAGCUGGCGUGAGCGAGAUGCUCAUCGCCAACCCGACGGAGGAAGACCGACAAAAGGCGUGUCUGGAUUUCUUCAAACAUUAUGCCUUCCAGGUUAAACGGACCACCGCUACCCCACCCGCGUCCGACAUCCCUCAUCUGCCCUCACCAUCACCCCCGGUAUCACCAACAAUAGUAACCACCAACACCCUGUCGCCCAUUACAUCAUCAACAGCCUCCGCAUCAAUAUCCACAAGCACACCCCCAACACCAACCACAAACUCGGACGCCUGCAUCUACCUCCUUGGCUCCCUCAUCAACCACUGCUGCACUUCGCCCUCCUCCUCCUCCUCGGCCUACGUGACGCGCAAGCGCACCGAGCGCGGCCCAAACUGCGAGUGGCGCAUCGGUGCCUCGGGGCUGGCCCACUUUGUGAAACCAAAACACAUUUGCGUGCAGGCUAGGAGGGAUAUCAAAGAAGGCGAACAGCUGACGUGGGACUAUGGGAAGAAGGAAAAAGGGUUCGUGUGUGAAUGUGCGACGUGUAGGGAUACCUUUAUGGGGUAUUGUUGCGGCGUGCUGUGA